AAAAUGUAAAUAGUCUGUGGCGGUCCAUAAUGUUAUUUCCCAAAUGCAAUUUAUUAAUUCUACUAAUUGUCAACGCACAGUAUGUCAAAUCCAAAAAUUGUCGAGAUGACGGCCCUGUGCGGAUUGUUCUCUCCGAAGAGGGGGCCUCUGGUAAUAUCACUGAUGGAGACGAAGCAAUUAAUUCUGCGCAUUGUGAAUGGCUAAUAGAAAGAAAUGAAACUUCAUUACGCGGUGCUUCGGUGUCGGUGCAGGUUACUCAACUUGAGACAGAAUGUGGCUAUGAUAACGUUUUUGUUCAGGAAGUUGACCGACUUGGAAAUUUUCGCCUAAUUGGUGCUCUCAGCGGCCUUCGUGAAAAUAUCACGCUGACCUCGGACAGCGGAAAAUUACACAUUCACAUGUUUACGGACGUGAACUUUUUCCUCAAGGGAUUCAAUGCAACUUAUUCAAUUAAUAAAUGUCCUAACAACUGUUCUGGUCACGGGCAGUGUAAACCAGUGGAGUCUGGAGGCUACAAGUGUCAGUGUCAACAAUAUCCUGUGUAUGUUGGCAAAGAUUGUAGUUUUCGACAAUGCGCCGAGAAGUGUUGGGCGCAUAAAGCACAAGGAGAAUGUGCAAGAACCUUCGAUAAGUUUGGCCAAUCUAGACAGUUUUGCAAGUGCAAUAGUGGAAACAUCGGAGAAACUUGCUCCCUGAACUUGAAAGAAGGAGGCGAAGACAUUUGGUACAGACUCCAAUCACACAAGCCAUGGGAGUUCACUGGCCGGAUGUCAUCAGCAUCAGUCUACGUCAAAUCGGAUGCGCAUCCCAGCGAAGGUGCAAUAUAUGUCUUCGGAGGCUUCAAUCUGAGCUCAAUCAUGGAUGAGUUUCUCAUUUAUGAUUUCUCUCAAAAUCAGUGGCGCUCUGUGGAAUUUGGUGCUCACAAUGGGUUGAAACCUCCACCUACUAUGGGACACACAAUGACUGCUGUGGCUGUCAACGGGAAUCAUGAUUUGGUCAUAAUAGGUGGUCGCGGUGAUAAUCCGAGUGAACAUUCAAAAGAAAUUUUCUAUUUCAACACAGGUGACAAUAUUUGGAGGAUGUUGCCAAACAAGGGUCCCGAUGUUGCGUGGCAUACGGCAAACUUGGUCGGCAAAUGUCUGAUAUACAUUGUCGGUGGGCGCAGGAGUGAUUACUCAUACAAUGACGAAGUGCACAUUUUGGAUUGGUGUGACAACGACAAGAGGUGGAAGUUCAAUGUUAGAGUGAAUGGACUGAAGGCAUCUGUACUUCAGUUGGUGGGCCACUCUACAGUAUACGUGGAGAGAUACAGAUCUCUCUUCAUCUUUGGAGGCUUCACACCCAUAUCGGUCGAGGCAUCUGAGAGGAGAAACAAUCUGUUCGUGUUCAACACAGAGCAGAAUUUCCUGUCUGAGUGGGCCACUGGACAUCAGACGGAGGCUGCCAGACCCCCCAGUAUGGCUUACCACACUGCCACAGUGCUCGGAAACUACAUGGUCAUUUUUGGGGGGACGGCCUACUCGCACAAACGAAAGAGAGACCGCGGAGCUGAUGACAUGUGCUAUGGAAAUGAACUCUACUUUCUACACUUGGACUGUGUUUUGUGGACCGAUAAAUCUAAUCUUUCGCCCUCAGACAAAGUCUAUGCCUUCGAGGACGCAAAAUCGAAAUUUGCGGAUAUUUCACCCAUUGAAGACAGGGGUCCCCCUCUGAGUUUGAAUGACCAGAGAGCCCUGACGGGACUCUACGACCAUUUGUCGAUUCAGUCGAGACCUCCGAGCAAGCGAUAUGGUCACAUGAUGUUGAAUUUGACUGAAAAUGUACUUCUGGUGAUCGGAGGAUUCGACGGGACUCCUUUAGGAGAUAUGUAUGCAUUCAAGAUGUUUAACCCGGGAGUGGAACCCGUUUUCGUGCGAAACCACUUCCGAUCUAACAGUGACGAGGACCAGGUGUCGGAACUGGUGGUGCCCUCGGAUACCUCAUCUGGUGGAAGUGGGAGUCCCUGUACGAAAGUGAACAACGAGCAGGAGUGUCUAGGUCACCCUGAGUGUGCUUGGUGCAGAAACAAGAAGGGAAUGGGAAUCGAUAGUUGUCUACACAGAAACUCAAAUCCAAAGCAAAUUUGUGGAUCUGAAGACAACUUCCUGAGGAGCUACUGUCCAGGCGUCUGUUCUGCUCUGACAGACUGUCAAUCUUGUGCUUUAUGGGGCUCAGGGCAGGUCAACCAGGUGAGCUGCGGAUGGUGCGCCCACACACGGAAGUGCAUGCCCAAAAACGAAAUAGCGGCGUGCAUCAACGAUGCCGAAAUUGAACAGUGGAAUGGAUACCUGAAGAUGAACAAAGAUCCGAUGACUAACCAAGUUCCCUUCAUAGAUUCAUUCGACUCCUGUCAGAAAGCGGAAAACUUCAGAGGAAUUAUUCUGGAGGAGCGGCAAUACCCUCAGAACGAGCAUUUACCUCACGGCGUUUACUUUCUGACCGACAGCGAAAGAUACCAAAAAUUUAUGGCUGAGAGGUUACUGCGACUUCCUAAAGAUAUAUGGGGCAGUGUGAAAAACGAAGGAAACCAAGAAGACGUAAUAGUUUACAGCACUUCGUUCAACGUUUCUUUUCAAACUAAACAAAGAGACGAGAAAUUCCAGCUGGAUGUGGUGACAACUCGAGCUCUGAAGUCGGCUUUUGAAAUUUCGAACGAACAAGGUUACUCGGCAUCAACUCAAUGUAUCGGUGACUCAUCAGAGGACGUGGAGUGCCUAACAAAAGCGAUCGAAGCUUACUCAGACGUGAAAAUUAAUUAUGAGUACAAACUAAAGCCCCUAGAAAUCGAAGGCCAACGUUCAGGUUUCACAAUGGGUCUUAGGAUAAUAGGGAAAAAAGACAAAAAGUUUGAACUGAUUCCUAGUUCCUACAUCUUCCCGGCUGUUUUGUGGACCCAAGAAGAGUGCGAGUCGCAGAAAUCCUGUUUUGCAUGUCUUCGGAACCCGGCUUGUGGCUGGUACUCUUCGAGUGAUAGACCAGUGGAUGCACAGUGUUAUCAUAAAUCUGGAACAAGUAAAACCUUAGUUAUCGCUCCGGAACAUUGUGUGAAUUGUUCCGACUUCACAUCUUGUACGUCUUGUGUUGACAUGGAAAAUAACCAACAGUGUAUUUGGUGGCAACAAGAUGCUGUGUUGAUAAAGGGCGAACAUCCGAGAUGCAUUGAGAAGCCACCUGUUGAUAGCUCUAUUGCAGGUGAAAACCCAACGAGAGCAGACCAAUGUCACAACCCGUGCACCGAACGCAAAACAUGCGGGGAUUGCACGAGUAAAAAAGACCCCUCAUCCCACUGUGCGUGGUGUGACGACCCUCCCGUUUGUUUCCCUUUCCAAUCGUACCUGACAUCGUUCCCAUACGGAUCCUGCAAGUCCUGGGUGGACUCGAGUCUCGGAGAUCAUCAAUCGAAGCAGCUAUGUAAAAGCUGCAGCGAGCAUACCACGUGCGCGGACUGUGUUGCUCAGUUUGGAUGUGGAUAUUGUUACAGCGACACAAGUGGUGUUUGUGUUUCGGGAAACUUCUUGCCUGGCGAUUCGAACCAGAACGCGUACUGUCGUGCACGUCUCCCAAGGUUGAAAAAUGUUUGGAAUUAUACGUACAAUGCGUGUCCAGUUGAGAAUUGUUUGAAAACUGGCUGUGAUAAACCAUUUUCAUGUGAGAGAAGCGAAGAGAACGCUGAAGAUUAUGAAUGCAGAUGUCCAACCGGUACAACUUUGAGUAAAGAUGGAACUUCUUGUGAAGAGACGUGCGAUCCUCUUUGUAUUCACGGCGUGUGUGUCGAAGUGGAUCAAAGCUACAAAUGUAAGUGCUUUCAAGGGUACACAGGGAAGGACUGCAACAGAGAUUGCGGGUGCAACAAGCGGGCAAAUUGCACAAGCGUGGGACGGUGUGGACAGUGCGAAACUGGAUACAAAGGAUCCAGAUGUGACCAAUGCGACGAAAUGUACUUCAAAAGUGAGAAAAGCGACAAGUAUGCUACGGUGUGUCAACCGUGCGAGUGUAACGGACAUGGAGUUGGAUGUGACGCAAGCGGUGAGUGUACGUGUGUGAAUAACACUAUCGGUCGGAACUGCGAAAAAUGUGCGGAGAGCUAUUACGGAGAUCCGAGAAAUGGAGGAAUUUGUUAUAAAGGAUGCUCUAGCGGUCAAGCAGUGUUGACAAAUACCCAGGGUAUAAUUUACCUCGGAUCCAAAGGUGGAAGCGAAAUAACAAAUGCGAAAAAUAUGUCUUCUUGUAUUUGGAAAAUUACACACAGCAAACAAUCUGGAUUGCAAGACAAACAACCUUCUUUUACUCCGUGGAUGGUUCUGAAAAUAACACGAAUUAACGUUCUCUGCAAUUACCAAUUUGUGAAUGUGUAUGACGGUGAACCAAGUAACGUUCACGGCAUCAAUGGUGACUCGUCAUCUCUUGACGACUCACCAUCCUCACGACCUUCGUCGUCUGUUUCGGCGAGUUCCUCUCGACUCCUCGGAUCUUUUUGUGGUCGAACGACCUCUGAUCAAACUCCGGAGCGUGUAGUUAUUGCUAAAUCGGGAGUGAUGACUAUUGUCUUCAAUACAAAGAAGCGUGAGGGUACUGGUACCAAUGCAUUGCAGUUCUUCGAAGCCGAACACACAGUAUUGACUGCUCCUUGCCCUGAUAAGAAACACUUCAAAGAGACCUCAGGCUCAAGUGCGUCUGGAAGUUCAAUAUGUACAUGUGCUGAUGGUUGGGGAGGUCAUCUUUGUAGAGUUCCAUUGUGUGAUAAUUCUGCUGGACGCCCAUGCGCUAAUGGCAAAAUAUGCCUGCCUAGUGGAUUGUGCGACUGUUGGCCGACUUACUUUGGCUCAAAUUGUACAGAAGAAAUCAAAGAACCUCCAGAAAUCCGAAGGUUUGAAGUCAAAACUUCAGACAAGUUUGCGAUGUAUAACUUGGAGUAUGAUGAUCUUUUGGAAGACGCCGAAGGAAACUCUGAGAAAGCCAGAAGUGGUCAUAGCAUGGUCGCGCUGUCUAACCAGAUCUUCAUAAUUGGCGGGAAUCUCGCUAAGUCACCAACGUCCCCGCCAAGAAUAAUGACCUUCAACACAAUUGAAAGAACUUUAGAUUUCUUCACCAACGCUGGACUGCACAACAAUAUACACUACUCACUUUCUGCGGCUGCUAUUGUAGAGGAGAAAUCGGUACUCAGUGCAGAAAGUAGUAUGAACAAAAAAGUCAAUGCUGUUUUUAUUUACGGAGGAUUUGGUAGCGGGCUGUCAAUCAGUGGAAGCAUGCAAGUACAAUAUUUGGCAGAUGUCGGAUCUAGCUCAAUCACAGACUCCUCGAUGUCGAUGAAUUACGUCGAGGUUCCCAAUUGGGUUCCGAAGUUAGUGGGACACACGAUGACCGCGGCCAAACUUCCGAAAAGCUCCGAACAAAGCAUACUUUUGAUCAUCGGUGGAUACUCGCCAGACGAAGGAUACAACAAUAUGACUAUUCUAUAUCACGUGGACACUAGUAAAUUCGUAGCGCUACAACUUAAGGGUGAUUACCCUCUAGGAAUAUACUGCCAUUCCACUGUAUAUUACAGAGACGCGGAAGCGUUCUACGUUUACGGAGGCAUGUUGUAUGAUACGUGGGGAUCUCAAAAAGUAGACCUAAGUCGCACGUUAUUUUUGGUCACUAUUGAGAGUCGGAGUGCCGAUUUGUCUGAGUGGAAAGCAGUUUGGACCAUUAUAAAACCGAAAGACGGAAGAACACCACCAAAAAUGAUGUUGCAUAAAUCUGUGGUCGUCAAUGAUUACAUGGUAGUGCUAGGAGGAAGAACGCAUGAUCAUGACUUUACUAACAAAACGUAUAUUUACCAACUGAAGUGUAAUACAUGGAUGAUUCCGGGUGUAAAUUUACCGAGUGAUAGUUUCGUUAACUUGGGUUUGUGGGAACCUGUCAUCGGUCACGACGCAGUUGCUAUUGGAAACAAAAUUUACAUUUUCGGGGGUUUCAACGGUCGCUAUCUUUCGAGAGUCGUUAGCUUACUAAUGCCUCUGGAUAUCUGCAACUUGUUAAGUACCAAAAGCUUUACCUCCACCGGACGACGCGAAUCUAGUUCAGUUGCAAUGGACAGAUGCUUCAAGGUGUCAGGGUGUAUGUACUGUUCUGAAGACCAGUCUUGCAAACGUUACGAGCCAGGGAAUCGAAAGUGUAUGCCGAACCGUGAUUCACUUAGAGGGACAAACGCGUGUCACUCUUCGAUUGCGAACAGUAAAGUGAACUUGAAGCCGACCUGCGAGGCACUAACGAGUUGCACUGAAUGUCUAGCCCCGGAUCCUUUCUCAAAAGCACCUUCACCUUGUCAUUGGUGUAAAAAGUGUCAAAUGCAGCGAUGUAUUUCAAAAGGACUGUCGUGUAAUUCGCUCCAGGUGACUUGUGAAAAUAAUGACUUCACAACCUAUUCAUCUCGAGAGUUUUGUCCGGAGCACAAUGUGUGUGUUGCUUCGACGUGCUCUCAGUGCAUGGCAAUUCAAGAUCGACAGCAAGAAUCCAACGACAAAAGAUUAGAGUGUAUUUUCACACAAAAUGCAAGGAGUGAGUCAAAUUACGAGGGCUCUAAGCAAGUGAUCAAUGCGAAUCCAAUUUUUGACUGGAGUUGUCAGAAAUACUACAGCCAGAUUGGAAUUGUGAGACAGAAUCUGGGCGACUAUACCAAGUUUGGAGGAGCAACCACCCUAGAGACUUGUCCGAGGAGGUGUUCCGAGUACCUCGACUGCAAAUCGUGUCUGGACUCUCGCGGGGGAUCUGACUCGGGCUGGAGGAGUUGCUUCUGGGCUACUGGACUAGACAGGUGCAUAUCUCCGACUUUUGAGCCAGUUUUGUGUUUGGACGGAGUAUGUGACAUGGUUGUCCGCGGAUCGGCCGACCAGUGUCCGAAACCAUGCGAGUCAUUCUCUCGAUGUAUCGAUUGUGUCAAUAUGCGUCACUGUGGUUACUGUUCACUUCAGAGUUCUAACCCAGAAAUCGGAGGUCGAGGUAUUUGUCUAGCCGGUAACUUAGAUGGACCCAAUUCGGAAGGUGGUAGAUGCACGAGUGAUUCGGUGAUUUCGGCUUUCAUCCAAGAACGAGACGAGUCCUCACAUCCGGGAGGUCACGGAGGCUUCUCACCGAUUGGACAGCUUCCCGGUGAGUUCGACGGACUGUCGGGACAUCAGUGGGGAUACCAGUCGUGUAGCGAUGAAAAUGAGUGUCGAAAUGGACACCACGAUUGCGACUUAGAGCGAGAAGUUUGCGAGGAUUGCAAGCGAGACAAAGAAGCUUGUCCUCUUGGGUACCUGUGUCAGUGUAAAGACAAGUACAAGAGAAAUGAAAAUACUAAAUUAUGCGAGCCCCAGUGUGAUCCCGAAUGCGGACCCCACGGAGCUUGUUCAGCGCCUGACGUGUGUGAUUGUGACUUCGGGUAUGCGGGAGAUAGAUGUUUGGAGAAAUGCGCUUGUAACGAGAACAGUAAUUGUGACAUCAAGAAACCCAUCGAAGAUCCAAAGUAUUGUACCAAAUGUCUUUUCAGUACGAAUUCAGAAGAAACAAAAUGCAGCCAAUGUAAUGCGACGUAUUACGGAGUUGCCACCAACUUACAAGUACAGCCCCAGAGUCGUUGUAAAAGUUGUCUCGAUUUAUGCAACAACAAAACUUCAAUUUGCUACUGGGACAACUUAAAACAAGAUGAAUCCAAAAUUACCGUGGAAUCGUUCACGUCAUUCGUGGGCAACGAGGGGCCGAGCACGGACUCGAAAGAAGAACUGAAAUGCUACGGGUGCUCAGACAACACGGAAGGACAGCACUGUGAGAAGUGUAGGGCGGGAUAUAGGAAGAAGAAACAGAGCGCCAAUCUGUUCACUUGUGUGCUGUGUAAUUGUAACUACCAUGGUGCGAGGAACAACUCAUGUAGCGAGGACGAUGGAUCUGCAUGUCAGUGUACAGGUCACACCAGAUCCCCAGAGCAAUGUGACAAAGACCCCAAGUGUAGAAUACAAAAACAGUGUUCUCUGUGUGACCAAUCGGAUCCUAAAGCCCAGUACAUAGGGAGUGGCGUGGACGGACAGCAAUGCUAUCGGAAGAUGCACUCGACAAGCAACACAUACUUUCUAGAUCCAGACAACUCCGAGUACUUCAUGUCCACCGAGGAGUCCGAAUACGAUGUCCACGAUCUAUCGCCAGGACAAGCUGCGUUCUUCCAUGUUCAGCCCAAGUACAGAAACGUUAACAUAAGAAUCACAAUUGAAAUCUCGUAUGGAUUGGUUGACGUGUACCUAACUAAAAGCUCGAAAAUAAUAAGAAUGCGCAGUUCCUCGCAGACUAGUCCCAACGUGGAUCAGAUCUCGCUCUUAGACCCUCUCAACGAUAAAGUCCAGUUUGCAAAGCUAGGGCCAGUUGCUUCAAAUGAAAUUGAAACCGGUAAAGAUGCGAACAAGUCUGCGGUUUCGAGAUCGAGACGCUCCACCCUCACACUGGUAUCUGAUGAAGAGAAUGAACAAUUGAGUUCGGAAGUGAAAAUAGCGAAAAGUGAAAAGCAGUCUCAAAUUUUAGAGGAAGAGCAAGUUUUCUUUUACAGGGCAAAUCAGUCCGGCGGAAAGCGAGAUCUAUUCGUUCGAAUGCAGCACGAGAACUCCAUUUUGUACGGUCUCAACAUAUCGGGUCGUUUUGUUAUCGAACUACCUCAUGAUAAAUUUGUCUUCAAUCAGAAUCGAUUCUUUAUUGCUGUGCACAAUGCUCAGCCAGUCGAAAAGGCACACGGAAUAAUAUAUCAGCAGCAGUUGCACAAUAGUUGGAGGGUGGUUCAUAUCCUUACCAUUCUGAUAGUGUGCUGUAUACUAACAGUGUUUUUAACAGUAGUCGUGUAUUGCAUUUAUAUAAGAUUGUCACAACCAGAAGGAUUCGUGAAUCCGAAUCGUCACGGCCGAAAUUUGUACUCGGCAGCGUCGCCUUUCGGAUCUGGAAGUCCGUUCGUCCCUGUCGAUUUCCUCUUCAGCGAAUAUAAUUUCCAGUCUCAACCGGUUUCGAAUAUUAUACCACGAAGUGGUAAAAACGCACAGCGAUAUUUCACUGUUGAUUCAAGAAUGAAAAAUAAAUACACGCCGUCAAUUAUUGGCUAUCAAAUCUUAAAAAAGAACGACAAGAUGCGAGUGGGAACUGUCAUGUUUGAACUACCAGGUAAAAACUUCAAUCUAUGCUUUGGGUCUGCAGUCAUUUCAGUGUGCGAUAAGUUCCCGAUCAUCGAAACAAUUCCAAAUACUCCCAGUAUGACAAUCAGCCGGAAGAGCAACACACUAGGGAACCCCUCGGCAGCCAGUUCCACUCUUUCUUUUAUGGGUCAGAACCCGAUCUACAAUUCAACGAUCUCUACUCCGCACCAUGCAAGCACACUUUCACAUGCAUUUGACCCUCCUUUAAAGAAAGGUCAUGUCAAGAACUCAUAUCUGACAGUUGACCUUCCCCCUGUACAUGGAGGAGCAUCGCCUUCGAGACUCCAACAGCAAGUACCUGCCCAAAUGUUCCUACAAGGAGCUGGACUUCAAUCGGGCUCUAUCUCAACCUUGACAAAUCGACAGAAUCAAAAGAGGAAAGAGAAGUCGUUCAAUGGGGGUUUUCACAACGCAGAUAGUCCAUUGGGACUGGGUGGUCCAACUGGAGGCAAAGGGUUCAACCAAACUCCGUCUCCUAAAAGUAACGUCUUCUCCAAAUUGGCCUUGGAUCGAUAGAAAAAAGCGCAUUGGCUUGCUAAGAAAUGCCGACGAUUUUUAAGCUUAAACAGCAGGACUCUUUUUGCAUGUAUAUAAAUUGUAAAUUAAAAAUCGGUUGCCGAUUUUUCAAUGCCUUAUCAUUUCUUAAAGAAACGCAAUUUUAGUAAGACUAUUUUGCUAACUGGUUAUGGUUUUUACGAUGUCCUAACUGCCUACUAACAGUCUUUAAUUUGCAAUGAAAUAAUUUGUUUAUAAUCAUAUUGACCCAUUAUCAUUUCUAAAUACUCAAUUUGAUACUUAAUUUGCAAUGAUUCAUUUCCCGUAAUUCUUGCUGAGCAAGACUAAUUUAUGAUGAAAUAGUGCAGUGAAGUCAGAGUGCUUUUUUCUGUUCAGAUUUAUAAUUCGAAAGCGGUCCCAUAAAUUGUUUCAAAUAAUCAUUCAAAAAAUAGAUUAGAAAGGCAUGAUUUUCUAUAAAUACGAUUAUAGCAGUGCAAUAAAUUC